UGUUUAAUGUUUUUUGAGAUAUUUACUUUGAACGUAUGUACUGUGAUUUUUCAGGGUAUCCAUCACAAACUCACAAAACGGGAACUUCAGCACGUCUUCGGUGUUGAAGAAGUCCAUCAUGUUCCAGAAUAUGAGCUAAUAAAAACAGAAAAAUUCCGCAAGGAAGAUGGAGGACUACGGAUACGGUUUCAAGCCUGGGGAGAUGAAUACAUGCUGGACUUGAAGCCGAAUAAUCGGCUUAUCAGCCCACAUAUAGUGUCGAUCACUCGGAAUGGUUCGGAUGUGAUCGAGAAAAAAGGGCUCGAUCUGGAUCACAGUUGCCAUUUCCAGGGCGUUGUUUCCUCACAUGGACGGGUACCUGUAGCCAUUUCCGAUUGUCGAUCUCUUAUGGGUACGCUAGUAAUGGAUGAUCACUUCCUUGUCCUUCAAACUGUACCGCAACGAGUCCGGCACCACAGUCCUACGGAACACCUGGUCUUCAAGCGUUCUCCGAGUCUUCUGACGGCAUUUGAACGGAAUUUAGAAGAGGAAAUAAUUAAGUUAAAUGACGUUCAAGAACCGUUCUGCGAUACCAGCGAAAACAUGGACGAUCCUCUAGCAGGUAAUGAGUUAGCAAUCCUCUCGCUGAACUACACAAUACCGACAGCAGCAAAACUGGACUCACCCAUUGUUUUUCCUAAUCUCGAUCCAAUCACUUUGGAGAUCGGACUCUUCCUUGACUCCAAACUUUUUGAGCAUUUCCAAAGGGAAUAUAUUCAAGAUCCUGAGCAGCAUCUUCUCGAUUUUUCAUUAGCUUUAAUCAAUAAUGUUCAUGUACUGUAUCAACAACCCACUCUUUCUCCAAACUUGGAUAUCGUAAUCGUCAGAUAUGAGAUGUGGAAGUCUCAACCUACCAAUUUGGCAACGUUCGUCCACAAAAAUGGCCAAGCUCAAAGUUUAUUGGAUGCAUUCUGUCGUCAUCAAGCUCAUAUCAAUCCGGGUACCGAUCUGACUGACAUGGGACAUUGGGACCAUGGUGUCCUUUUGACUGGAUAUGACAUCUACCAUACCACUGCAUCCGUUGCCGGAGUGGCUCCUGUGGCCAGAAUGUGCGAUCAGCUGUUCGCUUGCUCGCUGGUGGAAGGACUACAUCUCGGUCGAUCGUUCGUUUUGGCUCAUGAAAUGGGACACAAUAUGGGUAUGGUCCACGAUGGCGUACAGAAUCAGUGCAGCAAAUCUUGUUGUCUGAUGUCGGCUGUGAAUGGAGCCGGCAAAACGACAUGGUCCGAGUGUUCUGUAAGGGAGUUCAACGCUUUCCUAUUGCAGUUGGACGAAUCUGGUACGGGAAAUUGUCUGCGAGAUGGCUCACCCGGAUUAGUUGAGCGCAAUCACCUACAAGACGGAAGAACACCUGGCCAACGAUUCACAGCUGAUCAACAGUGCGCUUAUUUCUGGGGCCGUGACUACAAGGUGGAAAUACCAGCUGGUCGCGCAAUGGAUGACAUCUGUCGAAUUUUGUGGUGUGGAAAUGGUGGAUCGACAAUUUCUACGGCUCAUCCAGCUUUGGAAGGCAGUUACUGUGGAGGUGGCAGGUGGUGCCAUGAAGGGCAAUGCCUGCCAUGGCCAUUUGGACCACCACCUCAGGUUGUGCAUGGUGGAUGGUCAAGAUGGAGUACUGAUGACAGAUGUCCUGUACAGCAUUGUCAGAUUACUGACAGCAUUCCGAUUCGGCCACAGCAUCGGGAUUGCGUGAAUCCAGCGCCGAACAACGGUGGGCUCCCGUGUAGCGGAUCUGCAAUCCGUGGAAUUCUCUGCUCAACGGCACAUAGUUCUUGCCGAGGGUUUUCUCGAGAAGAAUACAGUAACCGCAUAUGCUCGUCUAUAAAGCAUGAUCCACUAAAACCAGAUCGACAGCUGACUGGAGACGGUUUCGAGCAUGCAACCCAACCGUGUAAGGUCUGGUGCCAUCUCAUCGAUUCGGAGCUGAUCCGAAACAAGGGCCAAUUCCCAGAUGGGGCCCCAUGCGGCCCGGAUCAGUACUGCAUAAGUGGAACUUGCCUUAGACUGGGAUGUGAUGGCAAAGCAGUAGUAGACAGUGACGAUGAUUGCCCAGAUGCUAAACGACAAUACGGAUGGACUGACUGGUCUUCCUGGUCUGAGUGCAGUGCUUCUUGUGGAGCUCAUGGUCGACAAGUUCGCAAGAGAGAUUGCAACAAUCCCGACGGACUAGCCGGUUCAAAGGAGCAGCGGCCAUGUCUUCCACCUCCACCAGAGUGUGACGUGAUGACGGAAUGGGGUGAAUGGACGAGUUGCGAAGGCGAAUGUGGGCAAGGUCAACAACGACGGAAGAGACAAUGUCUAGCAGAUGACUGCGAACAAAAAACCGAAGAAAAUAGGCCAUGUUUCAAUCCUGGAAAGAUGGCAUGUUGGCUAGAAUGGGCCGAAUGGACUGAGUGCACGCAAACCUGUGAUGGUGGCCAUCGCAAGAGAGAGCGGAUUUGUCCUUUGCCUGGGGAAUGUGAAGGAGGAGCCUUCGAGGUCGAAAUGUGCAAUACUGAGGUAGGUAGACUUCAAAAAUACCUAAGCUUUUAUUUUUACCUCCACCAUAGCUGA